GUUUUCCGUUCUUUCGAUAUUCUGGCAGAAGAAGGGUGCCCUCGCAUGAUGUACUUUUGUUUCAUUUGCGGAAGGGCAACGUGGACGCAGACUUACGCGACGACGAAAAGUUAAUUUUCGUACAUUUCUCUUGUAGUUCGCGUUACUUAUCAGCCAACACAAAAAGAUGUUGAUUGUCUGAUUCGUACCAGCACCUCUUUUUUCUAUCGAUUACCGGAUCCUUGCCGACAACGAUGCAGCCAGCGACGAGGAUGUCCUCCAGGUCGCUUCCUGGUCCGAUCUCCUUGCCGGGAGCCAAACUACUCGCGCGUCGUGCGAAGGUACCAGUGGUCGUCAAGAUGAUUCGCAGCGAUUCGGCACGGGAAGCACUCGCAAGCAGCGCAAUCGACUCCGCUUUGGCCACUGCACUAGGCGCAAAAGUCGCAAAGGCCGUAGCACGACACGGAACGUCGACUUCUAGUGGUAUGAGCAAGGGGAACGUCGACCAAAGUGGGCAGGAGACGUUGCAGGGCUCUUCUUCUUCCUGCUCCACAAGUUGUUCUAGCUCAAGUUCACGUUUAGCAGCAGAAGGAGGAUUGUCCAUGAGCUCUCCAAUGCGGCGUAGGACCUCGAGAGGCGGCAGGCGACGUGUGAGACCGCCAUUUCUGUUGAGAAGUGCCGACUUUGAGAUGGACACAACCUGGCAGAUCCCGGCAACGGAUGCGCAAUAUGUGUGUUUCGCGCAGGAAACUGGGGAAGUUCUCUACCGUGCGCUGUCGUGGAAAGCCCUGCAACGCUUUCUCACAGAAAAAGGGCACCUAGAAGUAGGCGUAUCGAAUAAUACGGUUGUACCGGCGGCGGGAACAGGAGGGGCAGGGAUUAGCGAUACUUUUGACGGGAAGAAAGUGUUAUCCUCGCCUUCUGCGCUGUCUGCACCUUCUUCGCUGGGCAAUAGUAAAAGUGUCCCAGCACAAUCUUCCCCUAAGGCAACUGCAUUCUCCAGAACGAGUCGGUUCAACUCACUCCGGCUCCAGUUAGAGUCUGCAAUCGAAGCGCGAAAUGCAGGAGCGACGGCUUCACUUUUGAGCGCUUUGGAGUCUAGAUAUCCUGAAGACUGUGCCACGAAGAUUUUGCCUUUGUUAAGCACAGCAAGGUUGUUGGUCUCUCGACGUUGUGCACAACACGAAAUACGACAUUUGCUUCCGAUACAAGCGUUCUGGCAGAAGCGGUUAGUGCCUUGUGGUGGUGCAGUAGAGAACGAGAAGCAACACGACUCUUCAUGGUCUUCGCGCCUGAGAGUAAAUCAAAAAUUGCUGCUAAGCAUGGGACAGUCGUCGUCGUCAUCGUCGAUGGUGGAGAAGCAGGGAACCAGAACGCAAGGACUGUCUUCAAAUAGCCAAGACCAGGGGCGUGCUCAUUCUAUCAAUAGAAGAAGAGUUCGUUAUUGUCAUCGUAGGUGGCGAUCGGUGGUCUUUUGCAGUCGGAAAAGCGCACAGCUGCGGCUCAGUGCGAUCACAGCGCGCCUCCAGGUCCUACAACAGCGAGUCUCUGUUCUAGACUCUUUCUUCAAGCGGCCUAUGGAAAAAAAUAGCAGAGGAGGCGGUGGAGCCCUGAGAGAGCAGAUGCAGAGGACGCUUCAACUCGGCUUGGCGUACCACAGUAUCCCUGCAUUAGCUGUUUUUACGGUUCGACCGCGACGCCGGCGUCCUCUCGAUGCACAGAACCAAGCAAGGCGCUCGUCACCUGAUAUGUCAAACAAUUUGAGCACGCACAUUCAUGGUCUCUACGAUUUUGAGUGUCUUUCGCAGACACUGCGGCUCCCGUCUUUUAUCAAGCGGGAAACACAACCCUCGAAACAGGGACAUCACCUAGUCAAUGGCAUAAACUGGAAACCUAGUAGUUCUGCUAGUUCAAGUUGUUCGUCCGUAGGAAGUAGAAGUAGAUCUGCCUCACCUCCUACGAUAUCCGGAGUAGUUCUAGACUUCGACGCAGCCUCGCGACGAUGGGCCUUUCGCUCGUUAGGUUGUGGCAGAAGCGGUAAAGUUAGACUGUUGUCGUCUCUGGAGACGCAGGCGAGAUCACCAAUAGGCGCGAUUUGGAGUAAACACGGAAGGCGCAUCGGUACCACUUGUAAGUACGUUUUUCUCUUCUAGUCAUUGAAUGAAAACGAACUGAUGUUGUGCUCAAACAAUUCUUUACAGUUGUAUUGUGACUUAUUCUACUGCAUUCCCCCUCUUCCAUCAGCCUUUGCCGAGUUGAAGCCCAUCAACGCGAACGGGCGCAGCGAGGUCCCGGACGCUUUACUAGAGAAUUUGUUUUUAGCUCUACAGCAGAAACAACCGCACUUGGUAGAGGAGGCCAGACACCAACUGAGGUUUUUGAGGGAUGCCAAACCAUGGGAGCCCUUUGUACCGCAAUACAAGAAGCUACUACGCUAUGGCGGAAGGCCGAUGCGGCGCAAGUGUGGAGGCUGGCUGUGGCGGAACAGCGACUACGCACUAAAAGUGCGUAGACCCGACAGUCCGCACGGUAGGCGGUUGCCCGACUGAUGAGUGGCGUGGUUCUUCGUGGUUCUUGUAAUUUGAUGUUGAGUAUACAUGGGCAAACAUCAGUUGUCUUUUCUAGGUAGAAAAGUCAUCGCAACUGCAUUUGCGAUAUUAUUCGCUGAACAUAAACAAAACAUGGUCACGUCUUAGCAAAGUGCUUUUCCUUAACCGAUUCGCAAUUUUGAUGAGAUUCUCAUUCCCAACGCGCCAGAAGGGAAGCUUUACUACAUUGGGAUUUUCAGUAGAAACGAAAACCACAACAAACCCUUUUAUUGCGGAGCAGAGUGCAAG